AUGUCGUACUCAUCACAACGUUACGAUCUUGACGCUGCGGCAGCUAGGAGGCGAAAUUCCCUCUAUUCAAACCAGAGCGCUUACAGUGACUAUGAUCGCCGCCGCCGCCGCCGCAGCAGCAGCAGCAGCAGCUCCUCAAGUAGUCGUGAUUCUCACUCGUACUCACGUAGGUCUGGCGAAUCCGACGUGCCUUACCAUAUGAGAUGGGAACAGCAACAACAACAUCAUCAUCGUCAUCAUCAUUCCAGACGGGAAGGGUACCUGCGCCCGAGACGGGGCUCAGCUUCUUCCUCAGAAUUAGACGACGAUUAUUCUCAUCUGAACAGAGAGCGCCGUGCGAGCAAUGACCGACGACGCUCUCGCUCUGACAGAGGGCGGGAUCGUUCGCCGCAGGAGGAGAUCAACACAAUGCUCAACAGUGGUCGGGCACCAAUUAUCAGACGAGGGUCAACCUAUGGUACCUACAUCAUGCCCCUCGACAUGGAUGGACACUAUCAAACUUCGGACCCCACGAGAUGUACUUGCAGAUGUUGCCCCCAUCCGACAGGUAUCUCCCAUAGCCACGAUAACUACGGGCAUAUGUCCGGGGACGUGCAUACUACCAGUCAACGCCGUUCGCAUCCGCCCCACAGAUAUAACCGCAAUGGCAGGCCUGUCUUUGAGGUAUAUGACAACACAAGGAAUGGGAUGCGAAGCGAAAACAGUUUUCCGUUUACCAUUUCAGUCAACCCCCGAGCGUCAUGUGACCGCAUCGUGGCCUUCUUGGCACCCGACAGGCGGUACGCCAAGGUUCUAGUGCACUGGAACAACGGGACGGUGCAGAGGCUCGACGGCAGCGUCCCGAUGGUUGAUCUUCUAGAAUACGCAGAAUAUCUCGAGAUCAGGGAGGUGAAGCAGGUGCGCUGGGCGGCUUGA